CUGUAAUCUGUAGUCUGUAUACAGCUGUGUAAUUCACAGCGGUCAAAAACAACAGGUUAUCUCGUAAGAUGGACAAGAAGAAAGCUCCAGGGCAAACCGUCGCGAGCUCUAACUGGCUUCAGCUACAGAGUACCUUAUCCACCAUUACCAAGGAAAAAGAUGUGUCAAAUUCCAAAGCCCACAAUUCGCGGAGCUCUCAAAGUCCAUCGAGCAGCCUCAGGAGCUCCUCCAGAAUACAACGCAAGAGUAAGCAUUCUCAGGGGGUCGGGCAAUACAUGGGACGAGUCGAGGUUGCUUCCACGGCCAAAACGACUGUAUCCGAACGACUGCCAUCACCGACUAUAAGCCAGUUGAGGAAAGGGAAAGUCAUCUCCAAUGAACCAUGUAUCCUUUUAGAGGCAUUUUCGGAUUCUCCGUUAUUGCACGAGCUUAGACAUAUGGUCCUGGGCAAUCACCUUUUGUCAGAAAGUCAAAAAGAGCCAGGACAAUACCUCGCCAUCGAUUGUGAAAUGGUUGGUGUCGGACCCAAUGGCAUGGAAAACACCCUCGCCCGAGUCUCCAUUGUCAAUUAUCACGGCGCGGUCAUUCUGGAUACAUUUGUGCAACCCCGUGAACCCGUUACCGAUUACCGUACAUGGAUCUCUGGAGUCAAGCAGUCCGAUUUGUUGGGAGCGCCGCAGUUUGAUGAGGUAAAUAAGCAGGUGGCAAAUCUACUGCAUGAUAAGAUCUUGAUUGGGCAUGCUAUAGAUAAUGAUCUGAAGGUCUUGAUGUUGACUCAUCCUGGGCCCCUCACUAGAGACACUCAAAAAUAUAAGCCCCUGCAAGAAAUUGCCAAAAAUAAGAGACCAGGCUUGAAGAAACUGUCAGAGUUACUGCUUGGAGUUCAGAUUCAGACAGGAGCUCAUAGUUCUGUCGUUGAUGCACGAGUGGCCAUGGCCUUAUACCGACUACACAAAAAAGAAUGGGAACGGUCUGUCUGGCGUCAAACAGAGGCAUACCGGAGUAUUUCUUCCGUCAACAAACCUGAGCAUGUCCUAGGCAAGCGUGGGCAUGAUGAAAAAGAAGCUGAGGAUGGAGAAGAAACUGCGGGAGAAAGCAAGCGGAAGAAUAGGAAGAAAAGUGGUAAUGGCGGUGGCCGCCAACAGUUCCCUGGUGGUGGGAGAAAAGGGAUCAGUAGUGGUUUAGAUGUCAUUGUGAGGAGGAAUGGGCAAAGGGUGGAUGAGAAUGGGAGAGGGGAUGGAACCAGUCGCAGGAAGGCUGGCAGGGGGGAAAUAUCGACUUUUACUGGAGGUGAAAGUUGGUGGGAGCAGCCAGCGGCAUGAUCCGGAUUUGUCCAGUGGGAUUAGAAUCGAGGAAUGUGCUCAAAAUUGAGCAUCAUGACCUUAAAGAAAGUGGGAAGAUAUGGAAAUGAUCCGCAUAAGGCUACAUGCGAUCAAUAACCCACCAAUAUAAUACCGAAACCAUAUCUAUACGAAGUGCAUCACGAAAGCAAUGUAGCAUAAUUUCCAAAUCAAAGGCUAUUCUCAAUCAUGGGAGUGAGAGAGUCCUCAGGAGAAUCCCCAUUCUUAUUGAGAUGCGUUGUGUCGCGAGCGGUGCCCUCCUCAGAAGCGCCUUCGUCCUUCUCAGAUCCUUCUGAAACUUGACCCUCGGCAGCCCUCUUUAUUUCAGCUCUUGCUUGGAUACGGCCAUGGGCCUUAGAGCCUCGACCAAAGAUUGUAAAACGACCUUCGUGCCACUUCAUGACAGCCAAACCAACGAUAACCGCAAUCCAAUAGAAACAGUAAGAGAGGAUAGAUCCGAGAGAAGCAGUGUUGUUCCAACCUUAGCAUGGGGAAGGAUCAGUUCGGAACUCGAUAUGUACAAAUUAUUUUGAAUAACUUACCCAAAAUGGCAUUGAAAAUCUGCCAACCACCGUUGGUGCCGACAGCUCCCGGCUCGGGAUUUCCGUACUCAAGAUGCCAGCUACGGUGAUAUCAGUCAAUGAUAGACUCUAAUGGAUCACUUAAGCAUGCUUACACGUUACCAGCAACCUGGAAUGAACCGGGGCCGUUACCGGACUCAGCGACAUCACCACCGACAGCAGAAGAGAAUCGCUAACGAAAAGGGUAAGCAAAGAGGAAUUA